CACUGGUAUCAUAACAAAGGGUAAUAACAAAACUAAGCACCAGCAUUUUUCUUCUUAUCGGGGAUUCACUCCAAGAUACCAACACUAUUCACACCUCGCUCCCAGCUAGGGUUUAUCGAGGGUUUCGCACUCUCUAUCUCCGACAAUGGCGAAACCUGGGAGAGGUCGUCGCUCACCACCGUCGGGUUCCGUCUCCGGAUCUUCCUCUCUCUCAUCCUCUUCUCGUUCCUCUUCUCGCUCUCGUUCUCGCUCCAGAUCCUUCUCUUCCUCCUCCUCCCGCAGUUCCAAGAGCCGCAGCCGGAGUCCUCCUCCUCAGAGAAGGAAAAGUUCCACUGAACCAGCUAGGCGAGGUCGAUCUCCUGCUCUUCCUCCCCCUCCUCAGUCUAAGAAAGCUUCUCCUCCCCCAAGGAAACCUUCUCCUGUACGCGAGUCUCUUGUACUGCACGUUGAAAAACUCAGCAGGAAUGUCAAUGAAGGCCAUUUGAAAGAAAUCUUCAGUAAUUUUGGUGAGGUUGUAAGUGUGGAGUUGGUGAUGGAUAGAGCUGUUAAUCUUCCAAAAGGAUAUGGGUAUGUGCAUUUCAAGACAAGAGGAGAAGCUGAAAAAGCAUUAAAUUUCAUGGAUGGUGCCCAAAUAGAUGGCAAUGUCAUUAAGGCAAGAUUUACUCUACCUCCAAGGCACAAAGUUUCACCACCUCCAAAAGCUUCUGCUCUUGCUCCAAAGAGAGAUGCACCUAGGACUGACAAUGCUGGUGCAGAUGUUGAAAAAGAUGGGCCAAAGCGUCCAAGAGAAUCCCCUCCUCGGAGAAAACUUCCUCCCUCACCACGAAGAAGAUCUCCUGUGCCUCGAAGAGCUGGAUCUCCAAGACGACCAGAAUCUCCUCGACGCCGUGCAGAUUCUCCUGUCCGUCGUCGAUUAGAUUCUCCUUAUCGCCGUGGAGCUGGAGACACACCUCCUAGGAGGAGACCUGUGUCUCCUGGUAGAGGUCGUUCUCCAUCUCCCCCACCUAGGCGCUUGAGAUCCCCUGCAAGAGUCUCACCUCGAAGAGUGCGUGGAAGCCCAGGCCCAGGUCGGAGACGUACUCCUCCUCCACCUCCAAGACGCCGUUCACCUCCCAGAAGAGCUCGUAGUCCUCCUAGAAGAUCUCCAGUUGGUCGUAGGCGUAGUCGCUCUCCAAUACGUAGAUCUGCACGCUCUCGCUCAAGAUCGUUCUCACCUCGCCGAGGUCGGCCACCUGUGAGACGGGGAAGAUCAUCAUCUUACUCUGAUUCACCAAGUCCUCGUAAGGUAUCCCGGAGAUCAAAGAGUCGAAGUCCAAGAAGGCCUUUGAAAGGAAGAGCUAGUAGCAACAGUAGCAGCAGCAGCUCACCACCUCCAGCCCGCAAGCCAUAGAUAAUUCCUGUAUAUCUGUUUCCUCUGAUAUAUUUAUAAGGAUUCUGUACUAGCAACUAAGAGUUAUUCUAGCUGUAAGGGUGCUUGGGGGUAUUUGUUGCAUCUUAUGGUUGUCUAUUGUCUAAUACAUAUUAGGGAUUCAAGUAGUUUGAGAACUCAGUUACAUUAUUCUGCGUUUGGUUUUUGACUUUAGCAAUGCUGUUUUUCUUUGUAAUACAAAUUUGGAAAUGGUAUUUUUA